AUGUCUGGCCAAAUAACUGCUAUUACCAUAAAAGAUGUCCAUAAAAUUACAUCUGGGCAAGUGAUCAUCGAUUUAACCACUGCUGUAAAAGAGUUGGUUGAAAAUAGUUUGGAUGCACAUGCUGAUAAAAUUGAUCUCACGUUCAAAAAUUAUGGUUUGGAAUCUAUUGAAUGUUCAGACAAUGGUGAUGGAAUCUCCGAAGCGAAUUUUGAAUACUUGGCUUUGAAACACCAUACUUCAAAGAUUCAAGAAUUUGAAGAUAUCUCUAAAGUCGAUACUUUUGGGUUUCGGGGAGAAGCGUUAGCCUCAUUAUGCGCUAUGGCAAAUUUGACUGUUUUCACAACAAAAAGGGGCCCCAAAGCCCAUAAGCUAGAUUAUGAUCCAAAUGGCAAGUUGGUCAAAACUAGCAUUAUAUCAAGGAAUAAAGGUACCACAGUACAAUUGCAAAAGUUGUUUAAUAACUUUCCUGUGAGGAAAAAGGAUUUUGUUAAAAACUGUAAAAGACAAUUCAGUAAAUGCGUUACAUUGUUGCAAAGCUAUGUGCUUAUUAAUCCUCAAUGUAAGAUAUCUGUUUGGCAUGUCACAGCUAAUAAAAACAAGUCUCUUGUCCUUUCGACACCCUUAAAAAGUGAUGUUUCAAGGAAUAUAUUAAUGGUGUUUGGCUCGGAUGGUUUGCGUGGUUUACAGUCAUUAACAUUGACACUAGACCUGAAUCAAUACAAAGAACAAAUGGGGAAAAAAUAUUUGGGGGACCCAAGUUGGGAUGUUUAUGAUUACACGAUUUCUGUUAGUGGCUACAUCUCAAAGCCUUCAUAUGGUUGCGGACGUGCUGGGAAAGACCGACAAUUCAUAUACAUUAAUGGAAGGCCUGUCAACUACCAACAGAUAGUAAAAUGCUGUAAUGACACAUAUAGAACAUUUAACAUGUUGGAGUAUCCUGUACUUAUAUUAAAUUUCAAGUUGUUACCUCAGUUGGUUGACGUUAAUGUUACCCCUGACAAACGAACUGUCAUGUUGCACAAUGAAGAAUUUGUACUUCAAUGCCUUGAGGAAAGGCUGGAGCAAUACUUUAAAGACCAACAAUUGUCACUACCGAAAUCUGAACCUCAGACCACUUAUAGGGCUGCUGCUGCUGAUAAUACUGCUGAUAAUACUGUUGAUGAUGCUGAUUUAGAAUUUGUACCCAAGAGAGCGAAAACGCUGCCAAGUCAGGAAUUAACUGCAACUUUUGAAAAUGAUGGGUCUUCUCAAGAUCAGGAGGACAUGGGUAGCAAAGAAGGUAUAACUAAAGAUAAAAUUGAUUCAAAAGAAGCGAAGAUUUCCGAUUCGACUUCCUUUAAACCUGAAUUUGCGCAGCAUUCGGCUACAAUGGAGAAAGCAGUCGCCCCUGCUAAGAAGCAAUCUGAUCUAGGAUCGUUUGUUCACGUUUCUCAAGAAUUCACAACUUCAAUGAACAAAGCAUAUGAGGAAACGCGGUCUCCGUCUAAGGAACCUGUAGUAAUACAUAUUGGCAGCACUAAAAUAGAGGAAUUUGUUACCAACAAUAAUAACAAAUUAAUUUUUAGUCCUUCACCGAGUGAUAAAGAACAAGAGGAAGCAUUUGAAAGGGCUAAUAAUUCUGAAUCGAAAGAAUAUAUUUCCAAUGAUCACAGUGAUGUGGAAGAUGUGAUCAAAUCAGAUCCUCAUUGUUGUUCUCAUAGUGAUUCGAGUUCUAUUGAACAAAGCUUUCCAACAUCUCAAUCCGACCCCUCGCAACAUAUCCAGGACGUUAAACCAGUUCUGCAGCCGUCGAAUAGAAACAACUAUGAUGGAAAUUUGGCAACUUCAUCUCACAAUCUUGAAACUAGUCUCGACACUAGUUUAGAUCUCUUACGAAAAGAGUUGAAGUGCAGCUUAUCCUUGCUUCAGACAUCCAUUCAUACCAGAAGCUUCACUAGAAAUAAAGAAUUUGAGGACAGUUUCAAUUCUGAACAAUUUCUCACUUUGACCGUUUCCAAGGAUGACUUUAACAAGAUGUCAAUUGUCGGUCAGUUUAAUCUUGGAUUCAUCAUAGUUACUCGUCGAACUCAAAAUAAACAUGAUUUAUUUAUAGUAGACCAACAUGCUAGUGAUGAAAAGUUUAACUUUGAAACUUUGCAAAAGACAACAAUCUUUAAAUCGCAAAAUCUUAUAAAGCCGCAGAGAAUAGAGAUGAACGUUAUUGAUGAGCUGCUGGUCUUGGAUAACCUCGAACUCUUCCGAAGAAAUGGCUUUAAAAUCAAUUCCAACGAGAAUAACCCUCCAGGUUCACGCAUUGAAGUAGUUAGCUUACCAUCUUCAAAACAGAUGGUCUUUAAAAUGGAUGAUUUUUACGAACUACUACACUUGCUCAAAGAAUGUAAUGGCAUCAACAAAAGCCGGAUUAGAUGUUCCAAGAUAAGAAGCAUGUUUGCAAUGAGAGCAUGUCGAAUGAGCAUCAUGAUUGGUAGACCGUUAAACCGUCGUACUAUGACUAAAGUUAUACGUAACUUGAAUGAGUUGGAAAAACCUUGGAACUGUCCACAUGGGAGACCAACAAUAAGACACCUAAUGGAGCUCAAAGACUGGGAAUCUUUUCAAAAAGAUUAUGAAUUAUGA